UUUGAGAAUAAUUUUCGAAACCGAUAUAAAAAGGAAAAUCAAGAGGGGUUUUGUGAAUAGUUUCCCGGGGAACAUUGAAAAGGGGGUCACAGUUGGAAGCGGUAGAGUAAUUCAGGAUCAAAGUCCAACUAUUUUCAUUCUUCUUCCUCCUCCCAAAUCUUUCUUUAUACGUACUCUGUUUUGCUGUGUAUGAAAAAUACCUGAGAAACCUUCACUCUCCAGUGUUUAUGGUUGUGAUCCUUGAGAUAUGAGGGAGAAGGUUGAUACUUGUUCUCCCGUUGGAGUUCUUGAGGACUUCUUUAGGAGCUCAGAUUCUGAAAGCUCUACCAAGGAGCCCAAUCUGGACUUUGAAAUCACCCAAAAAUCAAAGGCAAAUUCCAGGUGGUAUGGACUUGUUCAAUUGCUGAGAACAAAAUCCAAGAGGUCUUUGGCCCCAAUGCAUCCUCUGUGGAAACUCUCAAAGAAAAUGAGCAGUAGUAUGAGGGAGAUUAUAACGCCAAAACUCGAGUCAGAUUCCGAAUACCCUUUCAAGUCACCAUGGAAGAACUUCUCCCUUCAUGAGCUCCAAGCUGCAACAAAGAAUUUCAGCCAAGAAAAUAUGAUCGGAAAAGGGGGUUAUGCUGAGGUUUACAAGGGUUGUUUAUCAAAUGGGCAAUUUGUGGCAAUCAAACGGCUAACCAGGGGAACGCCGGAGGAGAUCACCGGCGACUUUUUAUCGGAGAUUGGAAUCAUGGGACAUGUGAAUCAUCCCAAUACUGCAAAGUUGAUUGGUUAUGGAGUUGAAGGAGGGAUGCACUUGGUUCUUGAAUUGUCUCCACAAGGAAGCUUAGCUUCUGUGCUUUAUGGUUCAAAGGUGAAGCUUAAGUGGGAGGUCAGGUACAAAAUUGCAUUAGGUGCGGCUAAGGGUUUACAGUAUCUUCAUGAGGGUUGUCAGAGGAGGAUUAUCCACAGAGAUAUUAAGGCUGCAAAUAUUUUGCUCACUGAGGAAUUCGAGGCCAAGAUCUGUGACUUUGGUCUUGCAAAAUGGCUGCCAGAGAGUUGGACUCACCACACCAUUUCAAAAUUUGAAGGCACAUUCGGCUACCUUGCUCCUGAGUUCCUAUUGCAUGGUAUAGUAGAUGAAAAAACUGAUGUUUUUGCCUUUGGUGUGCUGCUGUUGGAACUAGUCACCGGGCGCCGAGCUCUAGAUUACUCCCAACAAAGCCUUGUUUUGUGGGCAAAGCCCUUGCUGAAGAAGAAUGAAAUCAAAGGCUUGGUUGAUCCUUCCCUAGCCAAUGACUACAACCCUCUACAGAUGAAUCUCGUUUUGUUGGCUGCUUCGUUGUGCAUACAACGAUCCUCAAUACGACGGCCUAGUAUGAAUCAGGUGUUACUACUUCUGAAUGGCGAUCUUUGCUGCUUGAAGUACAUGAAGAAAAGCCGAAUGCCAUUUUUCCGAAAGGCAUUUCGAGAAGACAUCGUCAACAACAUCGAAGACCCUUAACACGCAACAUCUUAACCAGCAUUUUCCAGCCGGGUUCACAACGAAGGAAUUGGACAUGGAAAGGGGAAAUUAAUAUGAUCCCCAACCUAAGAGUUGAUUUCAGGGAACAACAGGAAAUGUUGUUUUCCAAUCCAUGUACAUAAUAGACUCCUAUACAAAAAUUACAAUCAAAGAAAAGUAUAUGAGUAAGUUAUUAGUUAUUACUGUAAGCACAAGCUUAAGCUAAGCCAGGGUUGGUAUUUUUGCUAUAGUGAUAUACGUAUGACUAAAUAUCAAGUUCAUAUUAUUCA